AUGCAAAACCUGACUCUCAAGUUUAACCCCAAGGAGCAUGCCUCCGGACCUGCAAGGGGAGAAACCAACCGGUCGCCCGUCAGAACAUCUCCAUCUUACUCUGGGAACAACGCCUCGGCUAACAGCACUACCCAGGCAAUGUUCAACAAAUACGACAUUGACGGUUCGGGCGCGAUCAGCACAAAAGAAUUCCGCAAGCUCUGCUAUGACCUCGGAUACUAUCUGUCCGACUUGGAGCUGGAGAUGGAUUUGAAGCUGUUGGACGCGAACGGCGACGGGGAAAUCAGCUACAGCGAAUUUAUAAAGUGGUGGAAGAACGACAAGCGCUUUGAGAUGCUGCAAAUGCCGCCACAAGAGUUUGUCACGGUUCAGCAGUCAAGCUCGUAUUUUCAAAAAUUCGACAAGGACAACAGCGGCAGCAUUGACGCUCGCGAGUUCAAGGAGCUUUACAACGACCUUGCCAAGCACAAUUUAACGACCAAGUCUGUGACGGCAACGCUCAGAGAAAUCGACUCGAGCAAGGAUGGCAAGAUUAGUUUCAACGAAUACAUUGCCUGGCUGUUGCAGGGAAAGGGUGCGGCCAAGUAGCAAGCAUCGUUUCUGAUCUGAAUGAUAGUGCGCGGGUUGUGCUCCCACACCCGAAAGCACAGAUUCUCUCUCGGAAGGAGGUGCAAGCCGCCGGUGAC